AGCGGUUAAAAUAGACGCCGCUCGCCUCCUGGUUUCUCGGGUGUCAGGGGCAACAAAGUCGACAGCAACAGACACACCAGGAGUCUGUGUGUGUGCGGGGGAGAAGAAAGGAGGGAAGAGGAGAAGAGAGGAGGGAAGAGGAGAAGAGAGGAGGGAAGAGGAGAAGAGAUAAGGGAGGAAAUGAGGAGAGAGGAGUCACAGAGGCCACAUUAACACGAGGAGAGAGGAGAAUGUGCACGUCCACCAACCAGAGGAGAAGAGGACACAACAACACACUCCUGGAAAACCCAUUAGGUGAUGUUCUCCAGUAGCAGAGCGGUGUGCACACAAGCAGGUGUCAGAGGAUUCAGUGUCUGAAACUGAAGAUUCCUGAACACAGAGAUUAAAUGAGUGCCUGGUGGAAAUGAAUCGACCGCUCCUGACCGAUUCAGAGGAAAGAAGAAGAAGAAGAGGGAGGAGGAGACGUUGCUGUGGACGCAGACAGCCGGUUCCUGACAGCUGACUCGGAGCCAGAGAACAGCGGGAGGACAUGAGUGGACACAUGAUGACGUCUUCUCACAAACACAGCAUGUACAGUUUUGUCUAAAGAACAAAUCGUAGGAUUUCCUCAAUGACCCGAGGAGGACAUGAACCUGGAUCUAUUCACCCGGGGAUCAAGGAAUAGUCUCACCUCAGGAAGAGCAAGCGGAUAAUUUGACUUAAAGGCCUCCUCCGCUCGACGAGAAUGCCCGAACGAGUGAGUGACUUCCAGGGUCAGAGCUUUCACAAGCUGAGGCGGGACUGCCUGCGUCGGGGUGCGCUCUUUAAAGACCCCCUCUUCCCCGCCACUGCCCAGUCGCUGUUCUACAAACGGGAGCCCCCGCCGGGUCUGACCUGGAAGAGGCCGAGGGAAAUAUGUAAGGACCCUCGUCUGUUUGUCGAUGGCAUCAGCACUCGGGACCUGCACCAAGGCAGUCUGGGUAACUGCUGGAUGGUGGCUGCUAUUUCCUGCCUGGCGUCUGAGCCAUCUCUGUGGAAAAAGGUCAUCCCUGACCACGUGGAGCAGGAGUGGAACCCCAAACGUACCGACUUGUACGCAGGAAUCUUCCAUUUCCGGUUCUGGCGCCUCGGCCGUUGGAUGGACGUCGUCGUGGACGACCGCCUGCCGGUUAGCGGGGACGGGGUGCUGCUCUUCUGCCGCUCGGCUACACCACGAGAGUUUUGGAGCGCCCUGUUGGAGAAGGCCUACGCCAAGCUCAACAGCUGCUAUGAGGCCCUGGAGGGAGGAAACACUGCCGAGGCCCUGAUCGACUUCACCGGGGGAGUUUCGGAGCCCCUCGGUCUGGAUCGCGAGGCCCUCGGCCUGGGCAGCGACCACAGGAGGACGUUCUUCCAGACGUUAGCCAAGGCCCACGAACGCAAAGCCCUCAUCACCUGCUCCAUACGGCCAGCAGAGGGGGAGACGGUGGAGUCGGUGUUGGACUGCGGCCUGGUGCGAGGACACGCUUACGGGAUCACAGCGGUGAAGAAGGUGAGGCUGGGGGAGAGGCAGCUGAAGACGGGCGGGGCCUCCAGACUCUUCAUGGUGCGUAUGAGGAACCCGUGGGGGACCACAGACUGGACGGGUGCCUGGAGUCAGAGGUCACAGCAGUGGCAGCAGAUGAGUCGCGCAGAGAGGGAGAAGAUGGGCCUCGUAGUUCGUGACGUUGGGGAGUUCUGGAUGGAUUUCCAGGAUUUCUGUCACUACUUCACAGACGUGGUCGUGUGCCGGCUGGUGGAGAGAGCUCUGCUGUGGCCGAGCUCUCAUUGGAGAGAGGUCCGCUGCUACGGGGAGUGGGCCCCGGCUCCCAACACCCCCGGGUCACCUCCGUCCACCGUCUCCCACAGCAGCUACGAGUUGACCCCAGGGAAGAACAACACGAAACCCGGAGGGCCCGAGCAGCGCGGGAACCGGAAGGAGGCCCGGCUCGGGGAGAGUCAGCAGGGGGGACGGAGAGGAGGAAGGCGGGAUAGGGCUGCUAAAAAAGUGAUGGAGGACGACGAUGGUGGAGAGGGGGAUGGAGGAUGGACGGCACAAGUGGACAAAAGGAGUCGGUGUGGAGGGUGCAUCAACCACAGAGAGACGUUCCUGCACAAUCCACAGUUUAUGUUUGAGGUCGGAGCCAAAGGGGAGGAGGUGCUGAUCUGUCUGCAGCAGGAGGACAGGAGGGUACGCAGGAAAGACGGAGGAGGAGACAACCUGCCGAUCGGCUUUGAGGUCUUGAAGGUGGAGGUGAACCGCUGCAGCCGGGUGCAGUGUGUGGUGGAGCAGGCGGCCAGCUCCGUCUACAUGGACUCCCGCAGCGUAACGCUGAGGGCGACGCUGGCCACAGGCCGCUACGUCGUGCUGCCCACCACCUUCCUGCCGGGCGCAACCGGCCGCUUCCUGCUACGACUCUUCUCCCAUUCCCACGUCAGUCUCAGGGAAUUGAAGGAGGAUUUGCCGCCUCCCUCUCUGUUCCAGUGUUUCCUUCCUCAACCCACAGUGGUGACCAGCGUCCAUCUCCGCAGGGCGUCCGGACUCAGUCCUCCGAAAGAGACAGCUCCAGAUGUUUAUGCCGUGGUGAGAUGUGAGAACGACGUCAUCAGGACGCGGGUGUUCAAGGUGGAGGGAAACCCUGAGUUCAACCUGCGAACCCUCUUCUACAGGAGACGCCCCGACACACACAUCUCUAUUGAGUUGUGGGGCCGAGGUCUGCUGUGGGACUCGCUGCUCGGCGUCGCUCGACUCCAGACGGCGGAGUCUGAGAGGACUCGGAGUCAUGUGAUCGAUGUGCGAGGUGGACAGUCCGGCUCGGGAUGCCGAGGUUGUGUCCACGUCGAGACGUCCUCCAGCGUCUGCCUCACAGACUUGUGACAGCAUCGCCCGGUUGCCCUGGUAACUACAUCACAAGCCAUGGCAACCGUCGUCUUCCCUGCCGCCAAAAUAAGUUUUACCGUGUGCUGUUAUAAUAUUUAUUAAUCUUACUGUUGUCGUCAUCGUUGUUUUCUUCUCGUUGCUGUCUGUUGUUGAUAUUUUAAAUAUGAAUAUACAAAAAUCAUGUUUGCAUUAUGAUUAAAUGAUAAGAAAUGUGUGUUUUUCAUAUCAAUGUGUCUAAAUAUCUGCAUUUAGUAAAUGUAAAUUUGUGUAUUUUGCUAUUUUAACCGAAUUGAACACAUUUACAGACGUAUUUUUAUUAAUGUGUUCACUUCGGCCUUUAGCCCAGAGAGGUGUGUAGCAAUCAGACGGGUUUGCAUUCCUGCUUGUUUGCUGACUCACUUCUGCUGAUGUCCAACAGCUUUGUCUCUGAGAGAGAUUAGAAGAGACCCGGUCAAACCUAUAAUAGACUUUGACUGAUAAAAACCUCUUUGAUGUAAUAUUUUGCAUUUUUAUAUAUUCUAUAUUGGGUUUUUUUUAUUGAUGCACUUACACAAGCAGCUUAUGUUACUCUAGAAAAUCUGCUGUCAAACUACAUUCUGGCCGGACGCUCGGAGCCAAGUCCACACCCGUUUCAAUACAAACUGUGCAAACUCAAGAUAAACGACGACGGCUCAUUGUGUCCUCGUAGUUAUCGUUUUCUCAUUUGGCAGAAUUUGUUUAUCAGGAGGCUCGGGCUGUUACUGAGUGCUGCUUUACAACGUGGAGUAUCUUAAACUAACAUUCAUCCCCUGUGGUACAAGAAUUACACAUGCUGCUGCAAGUCAAGGUUUUACUCACUACUUUUCUUUCUUUCUUUUAUUUUUUUUCUAUGUUACCCUGUCAAUCAUCUCUAAAUGUCAGGGAGCAUGAUUCAAACUGCGUGACUUUCAUUUCACUCACCUUUACUUUCAUGUGUUUCAACCCACGUUGUUUAAACACUGUUAAUAAACAUCUGAACAAGCAUGAAUGUGAAACCUCCUGAUAUUUCAUCAUCCUAACGCUGCUGUUAAACAUCUCGUAUGUCGUAAUAAAGUGUUCAUUUUACAUUGUG